AGUUCAAACAGAAACAUACCCUUCCUCUCCCUCCAUCUCUCAUGGACUCCAGAACGAACCUCUGUUUCCCACCGUAGAAAGGUAGUCUCUCUCUCUCUCUCUCUCUCUCUCUCUAUAUGGCAAUCCGGUCCAUUUGCCUCUUCAUCAUCUUCUCUCUCUUCCAAUCUCUCACCGUCCAUUCAAACCCAGAAAGAGAAUCCCUCCUCUCCUUCAAGACCAUCCUCCAAAAUCCACACCUCCUUCCUUCAUGGCGACCUUCUGUCUCUCAUUGCCAAUGGACAGGUGUCGUCUGCAGAAAUGGCCACGUCACCUCCCUCUCCCUCCCUUCCCUCUCUCUCAAAGGCCCUCUAUCUCCCUCCAUCUUCUCUCUUCCUUACGUCUCUCUCCUAGACCUAUCCGGCAACCUUCUGUUCGGCACCCUCCCUCCAUCCAUCGCCAACCUCCGAUCCGUACGCCAGCUGGCACUCAACGACAACCAGCUGUCUGGAGAAAUCCCAAGUCAACUCGGUCAGCUCACAGAGUUAGAGACGCUUAAACUCGGCCCCAACUCAUUCACUGGGGAAAUCCCACCAGAACUCGGCAAUCUGACCCACCUCAAAUAUCUCGACCUUGCCGGCAACGCUCUGACCGGAAACAUCCAGACCCAACUCCGGAAUCUGACCCACCUUCAGCUUCUCGACCUCGCAAACAACCUUCUCUCCGGUAAUCUGCCGGCGGAGCUCUUCACUGGCCUUGAGGCUUUAACCUCUCUCGACAUUUCCAACAACUCGUUUUCGGGCAAAAUCCCGUCCCAACUCGGCCGGCUUAGCAAUCUCACUGAUCUCUAUCUGGGCAUCAACCGAUUCUCCGGCGUGUUGCCGCCGGAGCUUGGCCUGCUUUCGAAUCUACGGAACCUCUUUCUACCAUCCUGUUCUAUCAGAGGACCUCUCCCUGAUGAGAUUUCAGAGCUUAGAUCUCUCAGCAAACUCGAUCUUUCGAACAAUCCUCUCAAAUGCCAGAUUCCCAAGUCGAUUGGCAAGCUCCAGAACCUCACGAUCCUGAACUUGGUUUACGCAGAAAUCAACGGUUCAAUCCCUUCAGAGCUUGGAAACUGCAGUAGUUUGAAGACAUUGAUGCUUUCCUUCAAUGCCCUGUCUGGGUCUUUGCCGGAAUCUAUGUCAGAGCUUCCAAUGCUAUCGUUCUCUGCUGAAAAGAACCAGCUUUCGGGUCCUCUGCCUUCUUGGCUCGGGAAAUGGAGGGAGGUUGUCUCGCUGCUGCUAGCAAGCAACUACUUCAGUGGCAGAAUCCCGCCCGAGAUAGGAAACUGCUCCUCUCUCAACCACAUUAGCUUGAGCAGCAAUCAGCUGAUAGGGUCAAUCCCUUCGGAGCUCUGCAAUGCAAAGUCGCUGGCGGAGAUCGAUCUCGACAGCAAUUUCAUCUCGGGCACAAUCGAGGAUGUGUUUGUUGGGUGUGGGAAUCUCACUCAGCUGGUUUUGGUGAACAAUCAGAUUGCUGGUCGGGUGCCUGAUUACCUCUCAGAGCUUCCGUUGCUUGUGCUUGACCUCGACUCUAACAAUUUCACAGGCCCAAUCCCCAUUAGUCUGUUGAGUUCGAUCAAUCUAAUGGAGUUCUCCGCAGCGAAUAAUCUUCUAGAAGGUCAACUCCCUGUUGAGAUUGGCAAUGCAGCAUCCCUCGAGAGACUGGUUCUUAGCAACAAUCGGUUGGAGGGGAAGAUACCCAAAGAGAUUGGGAAGCUCAAAUAUCUCUCUGUUCUUGCUUUGAAUUCGAAUUUACUUGAUGGGAGUAUUCCAUCGGAGCUCGGCAACUGCAGUGCACUGACGACAUUGGAUCUUGGAGAUAACCGCCUUGAUGGGUUGAUUCCAGAAAGCUUAGGCGAUCUCGCCCAGUUGCAAUGCCUGGUUCUUUCUCACAAUCAGCUAUCGGGAUCCAUCCCUUCAAAGCAAUUGUCAUAUUUCCGUCAGGUAAAUAUCCCUGAUUCAAGCUUUAUCCAGCACCAUGGAGUUUUCGAUCUUUCAUACAAUAGAUUGUCAGGCCAGAUACCUGAAGAGCUUGGUAGAUGUGUGGUCAUGGUAGAUAUGUUGCUUAGCAAUAAUCAGCUAUCUGGUGAGAUUCCAAGAUCUCUCUCUCAUCUUCUGAACUUGACUACACUUGAUUUAUCUGGGAAUUCUCUGACGGGUGCAAUUCCACCAGAACUUGGAUUAUCCAUCAAGCUUCAAGGCCUGUAUUUGGCUAAUAAUCAGCUGACUGGAAACAUCCCUGAGAGUUUAGGUAGGCUAACUAGCCUUGUUAAACUGAAUUUAACUGGCAAUAAGCUCUCUGGUCCAAUCCCAUAUAGCUUUGGGAACUUGAAUGGGCUUACCCACUUGGAUUUGAGCUCAAACAAGUUGAUUGGCAAGCUACCACCAUCCCUUUCUAGCAUGCUCAACAUUGUCGGACUCUAUGUCGAGCAGAACAAACUCUCCGGUAGCAUCAGUGAGCUGUUUUCGAACUCUGUGGCGUGGAAGAUUGAGACUAUGAAUUUGAGCAGGAAUCUCUUUAGUGGGGUGUUGCCAAGCUCUUUGGGAAACCUGUCGUACUUGACGUAUUUGGAUCUUCAUGGGAAUGCAUUUACAGGGGAGAUUCCACUAGAGCUUGGGAACCUCAUGCAGCUUGUGUAUUUAGAUGUUUCCGAGAAUGGGCUUUCUGGGCAGAUUCCGGAGAGCUUAUGCAGCCUUCUCAAUCUGGUUUAUGUUGAUUUGGCGGAGAAUAGAUUGGGAGGAGCAAUACCCAGAAGUGGAAUUUGCCCGAACUUGACGAAAAUGUCACUGUCAGGGAACAAAGAUCUGUGUGGUGGGACUUGGGGUUUGGACUGUGAAAUGAAGAGAAGAUCGCCAAUGUUAAAUGCUUGGGGGCUGAUAGCGGUCGUCGUUGGCAGCGUUUUGGUUGCUCUUAGUGGGGUGUAUGUACUGGUAAAAUGGAAAAUUGGCAGCAACAGAGGAGAAAAAAGGUCUUCCGUGGAGGUUGAAGAUGAAAGCAAAUUAAACAGCUCCAUCGAACCCAACCUCUAUUUCCUUAGCAGCAGCAGAUCGAAAGAGCCCCUCAGCAUCAAUGUGGCGAUGUUUGAGCAGCCCCUUCUGAGGCUGACAUUGGUAGACAUACUUCAAGCUACCAACAACUUCUGCAAGACAAACAUCAUCGGCGAUGGAGGGUUCGGGACUGUCUAUAAAGCCACACUUCCCGAUGGCCGCACAGUUGCUGUGAAGAAGCUAAACCAAGCAAAAACUCAAGGCCACAGAGAAUUCCUUGCAGAGAUGGAGACAUUGGGGAAGGUUAAGCACCGGAACCUUGUCCCCUUGCUUGGGUACUGUUCUAUCGGUGAAGAGAAGCUUCUUGUCUAUGAAUACAUGGUAAAUGGGAGCUUGGAUCUCUGGUUGAGAAAUAGAGCGGGGGCUUUGGAAGUUCUAGAUUGGCCCAAACGCUUCAAGAUCGCAAUGGGAGCUGCUCGAGGUCUGGCAUUUCUUCACCAUGGAUUCAUCCCCCACAUUAUCCACAGGGACAUCAAAGCCAGCAACAUUCUCUUGGAUUCUGAUUUCGAACCCAAGGUUGCGGAUUUUGGGCUGGCUAGGUUAAUCAGCGCCUGCGAAACUCAUGUCAGUACCGACAUUGCUGGGACCUUUGGGUACAUCCCGCCGGAAUAUGGGCAGAGCUGGCGGUCUACUACAAGGGGGGAUGUGUACAGCUUCGGUGUGAUUCUGCUUGAAUUGGUUACAGGGAAGGAGCCGACUGGUCCUGAUUUUAAAGAGAUAGAGGGCGGGAAUCUGGUGGGUUGGGUCUUCAAGAACAUCGAGAAGGGGCAGCCAGCGAAUGUCCUUGAUCCGACGAUUGCAAGCACUGUCACGAGGAACAGGAUGCUGCAGAUGUUGCACAUUGCUGCGGUUUGCUUGUCAGAUAAUCCAGCGAAUCGGCCCACAAUGCUUCAUGUGCUGAAGUUCAUGAAAGGGAUCGAAGAGGGUCAAUAAUCCCUCACUGCCUGCAGUGGGUUUUCAUUGUGGGUAAUCUAUCUAUUUUCUUGUUUUCUGUAAUAUGUUUCUCUGAUGGUAGGGUGGAUUGUAGCUUGUUUAGUUGUACUGUUUUAAUCGUCUUUGAAGAAAUGAGGAAAGCUCUUUUUUGACAAACGGUUCCCGGGUGUUUGCUGAUGUUCUCAUGCAUUUGAAAUUUUAAAUUUCCUGUUGACCGUUGA